UUCGUCCGAAAAUAAAAAACAGAAUCAAAAGUGCGGAGCCUUAUGUCCUCUCUACUCUCUCUCUCGUCCUCUCAUCUCCUCUGCUCAUCAGUCUCAUUCUCUCCCUCCUCAAGAACGGCGACGGCGACUGCUGCUUCUCCAUCGUUGAAGGGCGUCGUUCAAGGUGAAGUGCAUUACGCAGAGGGGAUAGCAAAUGGGUUUUGCCCGACUUGUGGAAACUUGUUGCAGUACGAAUUGCCUCAUAGGGACCGGCCAGCCAGAUUUUUCUGCCCAACUUGUCCCUAUGUUUGUAAUAUCGAGAGCAAGGUUAAGAUAAAGAGGAAGCAACAUCUGCUGAGGAAGAAGAUGGAACCCGUGUUCUUGGAAGAAGAUAGGAGAAAUGGACCCCAAACCGAUGGCAUGACAUGCCCGCACUGCGGCUAUGGAAAGGCUAUCUACCAUCAAGCUCAGAUCCGUUCUGCUGAUGAGCCGAUGACAACAUUCUAUUGGUGCUUGAACGAGAAAUGUGGAAAGAACUGGCGGGAAGAUUGAGCUCUCAGGUGCCACAGUCGCAAAGCCAAUUCAGUACCCUGUGAGGCCUAAAGGCAGGACUGGAAAUCAUGUUCAACUGGUACUUCGGCCUUGUAGAAAUCGUGAUCUCGAUGUUUUAUCCUUUACCGGAUGUUGCACGCCAACAUAAUUUGUUUCCUUCGGUAUCUGUCUUCACUUAAAAGAAACAGAUUGAAUUAGGAGGAGGGAAAAGAAAGCAUUCUCUCCGGUGGAUUCCUCAUCCUGGAACCAGACAGGCAUGAGAAACAGCACAUGUGACGGGGAUAGUGGCUUGUCGUUUGUUGAGUGCACUUGUGGGGUUGAUGUUGCUGAAUAGGAUUUCCACAUUGAAUAGCUUUAUCUGAUUUUUUUCUCCUAACCAACAUUCUAGGGUUCUAUAGAGAUCAGAUAGAUUACCAUGUUAAUAGGUUCAGAUUUGAGUACCCUCGUAAGAAUCUCUUCAAUUCA